GACAGAUCAGGAAGCGUCUACAAAUAGCUACAUAAACGAGCCAGAGUUGGGGCUUUCUCCUACUAAGGAGUACAGCAAAAACAGCACCAUGUUGCCGACCACCUCACCGAACAGCAAUGGCGCCCUCGGUUCGAGCGACACCGCGCGCCACACGGCAGGCUUCAAGCGCUACAAGUACCUGCGACGGCUGCUCCAUUUCAGACAGAUGGACUUUGACUUCGCCUUGUGGCAAAUGCUUUACUUGUUCACGUCGCCGCAGAGAGUCUACCGCAACUUCCACUACAGGAAACAGACCAAGGACCAGUGGGCCAGGGACGACCCGGCUUUCCUGGUCCUGCUCGGCAUCUGGCUGUGCGUGUCAACAGUAGGCUUUGGGCUGGUGUUGGAUAUGGGAGUGGUGGAGACUCUGAAGCUGCUGCUGUGGGUGGUUGUUGUUGACUGUAUAGGAGUUGGGCUUCUCAUAUCAACCCUCAUGUGGGUUAUCAGCAACAAGUACCUGUUGAAGCAUCCCAGCAGAAACUUUGAUGUGGAGUGGGGCUACGCAUUCGAUGUUCACCUCAAUGCCUUCUACCCUCUUCUAGUCAUCCUGCACUUCCUGCAGCUCUUCUUCAUCAACCAUGUUGUGGUAAUAAACUCAGACUGGUUCGCGGGAUACUUUGUUGGGAACACUAUGUGGCUGAUCGCCAUCGGUUAUUAUCUCUACAUCACGUUCUUGGGUUACAACGCUCUACCCUUCCUGAAGAACACCGUGGUGCUGCUCUACCCCUUCGCUCUGCUCGCACUUGUUUACGUCCUCUCCGUCUCUCUGGGCUGGAACUUCACUCAGGGCCUCUGCUGGUUUUACAAGUACAGAGUCCAGUAGGACCGGUUUGUCUCUGAGGUUGGACUCUAGUCGGCUCCAGGCCGACUCAAAAUCUGUUUCCAACUCACAUCUAGGUGUCAAGAAUGAAUUUCCAGCUUCUGUUUGUCAACAUCUGGAUCGGGAAGGACUCUGGUGGACUCUCCGUGAACUGGGACGCUGAGCUGGUCGACUCUCAAUUGACUGUUAAUUUUCUGUCUGGCUCUUGUGUUGAGCUCCGAUGUCGGUGAACAGGGAUGUGUUUGGACUCUAGUUGCGGAAAACAGGAGGAUACAGCUUUUAUUGUUCUUUUUGUAUGAUUUGUAAAUAUUCUGGCAGGUUGUAAUAUAUACACAGAGGAUUGUUUCUGAAGAGGAAAACAUUUGCUUUGUUUCUUUGAGUUUUCUUUAAAAAGAAGAAAUAAUCCUCCUUAUUGAAGAGAUAAAAAGGAAAGUGGAGGAACAUGGGAAUGACACUUUUUUUCACCCCCCUUUCUGUUUUUUCUUAAAGUGUACAUUCCAAAGCACUUCCAAUAAAAGGUUUUAUU